AUGCUUAAUUCUUCUGUCUUUCAGGAAUACCGGUCAGAAAAAUCUUUAGAAGCUCUUACAAAGUUGGUUCCUCCUCAGUGUCAUUGUCUCCGAAGUGGUUCCAGAGAAACAUUUCUGGCCAGAGAUCUUGUUCCUGGAGAUGUUGUGUAUCUUUCCAUUGGAGACCGAGUUCCUGCUGAUAUUCGACUAUGUGAGGCAGUUGACUUAGCCAUAGAUGAGUCAAGUUUUACUGGAGAGACACAGCCCAUCCCCAAAACGAUUGCUGCUCUUGAAGGCAGUGGAGUGACCAGCCAGAAAUGUGUAGCUUUCAUGGGAACACUAGUGCGUUGUGGUAAUGGUAAGGGUGUGGUUUUUGGUACUGGGGAAAAUUCUGAAUUUGGAAAUAUUUUCAAAAUGAUGCAAGAAGAAGAAGCUCCUAAAACUCCUUUGCAACGAAGUAUGGACAUUCUUGGGAAGCAACUUUCAUUUUAUUCUUUUUGCAUCAUUGGAGUGAUAAUGCUGCUGGGUUACAUUCAGGGACGUCGCUUGUUGGACAUGUUUACUAUUGGAGUCAGUUUGGCUGUAGCUGCUAUUCCAGAAGGUCUACCCAUUGUUGUCACAGUUACACUGGCCCUUGGAGUAAUGAGAAUGGCUAAGCGAAAAGCCAUUGUCAAAAAAUUACCCAUUGUUGAAACUUUAGGAUGUGUGAAUGUUAUCUUUUCUGAUAAAACUGGGACACUAACAAAAAAUGAAAUGACUGUUACUCAGAUGUAUACAGCAGAUGGCCAGCAUGCAGAUGUGAGUGGAGUGGGCUACAAUUCUGAUGGAGAAGUUACAUGCCAAGGCGAGACAAUCCGAGAAAAUUCCAAUCCAUCCUUUUAUAAAAUAGCCGAGGUUGGCAGUGUGUGCAACAAUGCUGAUAUUACCUUGAAUGGGCUUCAUGGACAACCAACUGAAGGAGCCCUGAUUGCAUUGGCCCUCAAGAUGAACAUUCAUGAUAGCAAGCAGCAAUAUGUCCGACUUCAAGAAUUAGCGUUCAGUUCUGAAAGCAAAUUUAUGGCUGUAAAGUGUGUUUCCAGGUACAGACAGGAUGGUCCACCGAUAUUCUUUGUGAAAGGUGCCUUGGAACGGGUGCUACAGAUGUGUACCAAAUUCUACCAUCAUGGAAGUAUCUUACUUUUACAUGAAAGAAAUACAUUGGAUUAUUACAGCCAAGCAGCCAGAAUGGGAACCUCAGGAUUAAGAGUGUUGGCCAUGGCAUAUGGUGAUGAUAUGAAGGAUUUGAUAUUUGUUGGUUUGGUUGGUAUCAUUGACCCCCCAAGGCCAGGGGUUCGUGAAGCCAUCAAGAGGCUGAUGAGGGGUGGGGUCACAGUCAAAAUGUUGACUGGUGAUUCAGAAGAAACAGCUAAAGCCAUUGGUGCUCGUCUCGGUUUGUCCUCUAUUGGUGCUGGCUCACUGUCAGGGGACCAAAUUGAUUCCAUGGAUAUACUCAAACUUCAGAAAGUCAUCGGUAAUGUUGCUGUCUUCUUCCGAACAAGCCCAAGGCACAAACACAAAAUUAUCAAGGCAAUGCAGAACAAUGGUGCCGUUGUUGGAAUGACGGGUGAUGGAGUCAAUGAUGCAGUUGCUUUGAAAAGUGCCGAUAUUGGAAUUUCUAUGGGGAAAUCCGGCACAGAUGUAUCCAAAGAAGCAGCAGAUAUGAUUCUUGUUGAUGAUGAUUUUUCCAUUAUCCUUUCAGCUAUUGAAGAAGGAAAGGCAAUAUUCCACAAUAUUAGAAAUUUUGUCCAGUUUCAAUUGAGCACGAGUAUUGCAGCUCUGUCACUAAUAACACUGUCCACCAUCAUGAAACUUCCCAAUCCUUUGAAUGCAAUGCAGAUUUUAUGGAUAAAUAUUCUUAUGGAUGGACCACCAGCACAAAGUUUGGGAGUUGAACCUGUUGACCCUGAUGUCAUCCGACAACCUCCACGAAGAGUUCGGGACACAAUUAUCACCAAAAGUUUACUCAUCUAUAUUUUAUUGUCAGUUCUCAUCAUUGUUUCAGGAACAUUGUGGGUUUUCUGGAGAGAGUUGAGUGACAACAAGAUUACUCCCAGAGACACAACAAUGACCUUCACUUGUUUUGUAUUUUUUGACAUGUUCAACGCACUCAGUUGCCGCUCACAGACCAAAUCCAUAUUCCAAAUUGGAUUUUUCACCAAUCGUAUGUUCAUGAUAGCUGUGGGGGGUUCCCUCAUUGGUCAGCUCUUGGUCAUCUAUUUCCCUCCUCUGCAAGCCGUGUUCCAAACAGAAGCAUUACACAUUAAUGAUUUUAUUUUCCUCAUUGGUUUAACAUCGUCUGUCUUUGUGGUAUCAGAAAGCAGGAAGCUUUUCUGGGCAUUUUGGGAAAAAAAGAAAAGAGAAGAAAAAGAAAAAAAUAUAUAUUUUGCUGAUAAUAUUGUAUAG